AUGAAGUUCCCUCUUCUCUCCUUGGCCCUGGCGCCAUUAGCCGCUGCUCACUUUCGCCUACAAUACCCCGAGUCCCGUGGUUUUGAUGAAGACACUAUGGAUCAAUUCCCUUGUGGCGGUCUCAGUCAAUCGUCGAAUCGAACAAAAGUGCCCAUCUCGGGCUCAUUCCCACUUGCCCUUCGCAUGGGUCACAGCCGAACUGCGGUCGAGGUCCUUCUUGCGCUAGGCACCAACCCCGGCGAUAAUUACAAUGUUACCCUCGUGCACACGUUCCAAUUGAACGGUCUCGGCCAAUUCUGUCUGCCUCAUGUCGAUUUUAGUGAGAAACUGGUCGGGGUGAACAUUACGGAUGGUAUGAAUGCUACUCUGCAGGUACAGAGCAACGGUGAUCCCACUGGAGGUCUUUACGCUUGUGCCGAUAUUCAAUUCGACUCUAGUGUGAAAUACUCGCAACCCUCUUCUUGCAACAACGCCACCAACAUGGUGGCCAGUCCAUUCCCUAGUGCAGCUGCUCAGCGAAAUGCCAACGAAUCUACCGCCACUGGCGAGGCGCAAGGGUCGAGCUCGGAGUCGAACUCUACCACCACCUCGACCUCGAAGGGGGCUGCUGUGCCAUUACAGACCGCUGCAUGGGGGGUGCUUGGUGCGGCCUUUGUUGGCGGUCUCGCAGUUUUGUAA